AUGAAAGACAAGCUACCUGAAUUUAGAUGCACUAAGUGCGGGCAGUCAGGAAUCCAUUACUGCAGGGGAAUGUGCAAUCCUUGUUAUCAGCGGCACCUAAGGCAAAAGCAUCGCGAUAGAAAAACUCAAAGCAAUAAUAAUUGUCCGAUAAAAAAGAGCAAAAAUAAUUACCCAUUUCGCUCGUCAAGAGUAGGAGAUCAGUUCCAAUCCUCAAUUCCAGCCUUCGCCAGACCAACUCAGGAGCUCAAAUUCUCAAAAAAUUACAACUUCAACGACCAAGAAAAAAUCGAGCAAUUUCUCAAGUUCUGCAAGCUGGUCUUCACGGACUAUCAAAUUGAUGGAGAUAUCAUCAAAGGAGGCUGCGGCGUUGAAGAACGAGCUUUGAAAUUGCUUGAAAAAUAUGGCGACGUCUACAAGGCUAUGUACGCUGUACUCAAGCCAGUUUCGCUGAUGUUCAACCCAGAGCUCAUCCAUAACUUGCCAUACGAAGAAAUCGUCAAAGAAGUGGACGACGCCACCAAAGAACUGACAAGGGUAAAAGUAGAUGGAAAAGAGGACUUUUUGGACAAAAUGAAAAAAUCAGUUGCAGAUGGGAUCAGUGAACAGGAGCUGCAAACUUUGCUGCAGAUCGCAACGAAUAUGAAGGCAAAAGUUCCAGGAGAGAUAGCUGAUGAGCUUUCUGAAGCUGAAGUUUUUUCUCAGGGAGCAAGAAAAAGGCUUAAAGAGAAAUUGCUGAGCGUAGCGGAACUGCAGGAAUUGGUCCAAGAAAGCGAGGCUUAUAAAAUCCAAACAUCGACUAUGAAAAGCAUGAAAGAGUACUUAACAAGAGCCCAGGAAUGGACUGAAAAAGUAAAAGAGCUCAAUUAUCCUACCCUUAAGCAGCUGCAUUCUCUCGUCACUGAAGGCUCAGCACUGCCUGUGAAUUUGCCAGAGCUGCCAUCUGUCAAAGAAAAGCACAGAAAAACCAAAAAAUGGAUCGAGUCAGCCCACAACCUCAUCCGCAGCUGAAAAGCUCGCAAGGAAAACAGCCGCACAAGUGUCCAAGAAGUUAUGUGCUUGCUAAAUGAAGCCAAAGAGCUCAAGUUCACUCACCACGAAAUAGGGGUGUUAGAAAACUCCAUAGAGCAGGUCAAAGAGUGGCAAGAGAGAGUGAAAAUGUCAGAAGAAGACAAAGAAAGCGACUCCAUGAUGGCUGUGCUUGAAGAAGGCAACAAUUUACCUUUAGAAGUUGGAAGCCUCGAAGGAAUAAAGAAUAACGCCCAAUGGUCUUUGAGAGCUAGAAAGAUAUUGGAAACUCAAGUGAUUAACCAAAAACAAUUAACUCAAUUAAUAAAUGAAGCUAAAGGGAAAAAGAUAAGCAGCCAGUUGUUUAAAGAACUCCAAUCAAUGCUCAAGAAGUUCAAAGAGUGGAGGGAAAAGUCCAAGCGGGUACUUGCAGGGUCAGAAGUAAUUGAAAUCAGCAAGUUAGAAAAACUGUGCAAGCAAGGGGAAAAUCAAAGAAUUGAGGUGGAGCCGACACUGACAGAAUUGAAAGAAAAGCUUAGCAUGGCUUUAGAGUUUCAACAAAAAUGUAUAGAGAUUGCUAAUAUUGCCCAAGAAAAAUGAAGCUGGGAGCAGGUAAAGGAAAUCCAAAACCAAAAUGACAACCUUAAAGUCAGUUGUCAUGAGUAUAAAUCAAUCAAAAAUAAAGCCAAAACAAUUGAGAAUUGGGUAAGUGAUGCUACUGAAUUCCUUCGAAAAAUUUCAAAGCAGCGCCCAUCAAUCAACGAUCUCCCAAGUCUAGCAAGACUUUUACAGUCAUGUCCUGAUAUCCUUAAAGGGUCACAAGAAUUCCAAGAACUUACUCGUCUGGACCAGACUCAACAAGAGUGGGCUAAAGAAAUUCCAAUUGUAGUUAAAGACAACCCAGCAGAGCAGCUAAUGAUCUUGUCUGACAGGAAUUUUAAAGCUCCAGUCCACUCAAAGCAAACUGAAGAAUGGAGAGAAAAGCUUCAUACAGCUUGCGAAGAAGGUGUCAUAGAUAAACUCAUUGAUCUUUAUAAAGAGUCCAAAAGCAUCCCAGUGCCUGAAACCCAGAAAACUCUCCUUAAAAGAUCUUUAAUUGAAAUCUGUACAUGGAAAGAAAGAGCUAAAGAUAUCAUAAAUAACGGAGGGGAGUACGCAGAGCUGAAAACUUUAAUGAAGGAAGGAGAUUUGAUUUGUUAUGAAACUGAUGAGUUCAACCAACUCGCCAAAAUUGCUGAAGAUCUUAAAGGUUGGAGGGUGAGAGCAAGAAAAGUGCUAUCAGCCCUCCCAAAUCCUCCACCUCGAAUGCCUAUUAACCCUCGAUCUCUUAAGAAGCGCUGCACAUUAGAAGAAUACAUCAAUCAAGAGCCAGAAGAAGCAUCCCCACAAGAAAGCCCUGUAGAUAUCGAUAUUCCUUAUAAUUUCUACGCAUUCCCCCUUUACCACCCAACAGAAGGCAUUUCUAUGAUUUUCCGAGUUAACAAAAUUUUCCCAAAGAUAAAGCCUCGCAACCUAAUUGAUUUCAAAAGAAAACGCGCCUUAAAUUUCAAGAGCCGCCUUAACGAUGAAGUAAAGCAGACCAAAAAAUCUUCCAAGCGGCCAAAAGACUUUACAGUUCCUUGGUCAACCUUUUGUGUAUGCAACUAUGAACUGAAUUGGGAUGACACAGUGAUGGUUAAUUGUGAUUCCUGUGGAGAAUGGUACCAUCCUUCUUGUAUUGGGCUUGAUGCCGGUGAGAUCGACAAAAUUGAAGAAUUUAUAUGCUUUUUAUGUAAUGAGAGGACUGGCUCAAGAAAUGAGAAAGCUCGCAGACAAGUGAUCUCUACUGAAGACUUCGUAAAACUGAUAGAAGAAGGAGAAAAAUUCAAAAUCAAUGGAGACGAAAGAAGGGAACUUAAGCUUGUCUAUGAGAAAAUGCAAGCUUGGAAAGGCUCAAUUAAUGAACUAUUAGAUGCUGGGUUGCAAGCGAAAAAAUUGGAAAUGCUUGUGAUGCAAGAAAAUCAGGCAUUAGAAAACGAACAAACUCUGUUUGAUUGCAGAGUAAUGAGAAAGCUAGCAGAUUAUGAAGGGCUUCCUGUAGUAAUCCCUGAGCGAGAACUCCUUAUGAAGCUUCUUCAAAAAAGGGAUUGGCUUAGAGAUGCUUAUAAAAGUCUUUAUGUAAAGAUUUCCUUAAGAAACAUGAAAAAAUUAAUUGCUGACUCUCAAAACUGGGCUGAGCCUGAAAUUGUGGAAGUUGUAAAACGACUAGAAGAAAUGAUAAAUAAAGCCUCAGAGUAUACCCAAAAGCUGCAAGACUUGGAAACCCAAAAAGUUUCAGUUCAAGUGCUGAAGAAUUUUAUUGAUGGAGAAGAUCCUCACUAUCUGAAGAUUGAAAAAGUAGACCGACUGAAGAAAAGGAUAGAGCUCUUUGAAGCACUAGUAAAUGAUAUACAAAAAGAAUUGAAUGCAAGCAGGGAUUAUGCCAAGCUUAAUGAACUAAGGAAAAAAGCUCUGAAGAUGACUUUUGCUGAACCAGUUUUGGAUGAACUUUACGCUCUUCUAAACUCAGCAGAUCUGUGGAUACAAAAAGCAAAUACUGCGAUAGAAACUGAUCAGCCAGGCUAUCACCUCAGAGAAGUUCUGCAUGAGUACCAGACUUUAGGCUUUGUUCAUCCUUUAUCCCAGCUUAUUGAAGAAAAAUAAAUCUUAACUUAACUUAACUUAACUUAUUAGGUUCUGUAUUUAACGCCAUUCACGGGGUAACCCUCCCCAGAGCUUCCCGCUGCUUCUUCGCCGCAUAGGGCCCGCCGACCGUCUGGGGCCAGUCAGCCUCGAUCUCCAGUACGCGCCUCCGGAGCAGUGUUGCCGACUAAGGCGGCUCAUGCCUGAGCUACUUCGCUUGAGGACAUGGGUUGCCAUUCCGAAAAAUCCAUAAAAAAAAUGGAUUUUCUGGUAGGCUUUCGGCAAAAAGGAAAAACACGAAGCCUAGGACGUAACGCCCAGUUUCACGCUAGGGAGUUGCCCGAUUGGUCCUAACGGACUUGGCUGAGCUUCCCCUUUCCAACUUGCGUGCCUCCUUUCCCAUGAGGAAAAAACAUUCCCGAAAGUAGACUUGGGCUAGGCUCUGAGCACAACCAGAAUUGCUUACCUAGCAUUGCCGCCAUUUCUGAAAUGCAAAACCUUGCCGGAUAUAAUUAAAAUAUGAGUCGAGUAUGCAUGGCCGGGAGGCCAUGCCCAGACGAAGACGCCAUAUUUUAAUUAUGAAGAAAAAUUAAAUCAAAAGAAAUAA